AUGGGUCGGAUCUAUACGGGUUUACGUACGAUUAUUCAAUUAAAAAAAAAUUGGAUUCCGAUUAUUAAUCAAAUGAUUUAUGCUUAUGCUACAACAAAAAAUUCUAGCGGAUGGAAGGAAAUCGCUGCUCAUCAUCCAAAAAUUGAAUUAUUUAGUCGUCAAAAGAAAUCGAAUAUGAUUCCAUGGGGACAAUUACGCUAUAUGCCAAAAUCUUGGUAUGAAACAUCUAAUUAUUCAAGAAAUACGAUUGAUUUACAAUCAGGAUUAUGGUGUUUUCAAUGUUCUCUGCAAAAUAAUCAUCAAACAAUUGAACUAUUUUUCAAAUUUGUUUUACCUGUAAUAUCAAAAGAUAUUCUUUAUUUGGAAUUAUUGGAAGAAAAAUCAUUACAUUCAGAACUUUAUAAAAUGAAGAACGGAAAAAUUGUACAAACACAAAUUGGAACAUAUUUAUACGAUCCAGAAUAUCAUGAUGAAUAUCAAUAA